UUGGCUUCCGGGUCGCUGGUGCUGCUGUUGCCCGCCAAACUUUGACGUCCGCCCGCCGCUUUCCUGCUUGUUAUCCCAAGUGGCAGGCGCUACGGUCGACUUUAACGUUAUUUAUCGGUAACAAAAACAUGUCUUUAACCCCGAAGAGGCCGCGUUCCGAUCCAAUGAACGACUCCAUGGAGAAGAGGAUCAAGCGGGUUUCCAUCGAGGGCAACAUCGCGGCUGGAAAGUCGACUUUCGUCCACCUCCUGGAGCAGGAGUGCGCCGACUGGGAGGUAGUACCCGAGCCCAUCGCUAGGUGGUGCAAUGUCCAAACAAGCGGCAGCGACUUCGAGGAGCUGACGGCGUCGCAGCGUAGCGGCGGCAACGUGCUGAAGAUGAUGUACGACAAGCCGGAACGUUGGGCGUACACCUUCCAGAGCUACGCCUGCAUCAGCCGCGUGCGCGCCCAGAUCCGCUCGGCCAACGGGAAGCUGCGAGGCGCCGAGAACCCCGUGCAGUUCUUCGAGCGCUCCAUCUACAGCGACAGGUACAUCUUCGCCGCCAACCUCUAUGAGAACGAGUGCCUGAACGACACGGAGUGGGCCAUCUACCAGGACUGGCACGGCUGGCUGCACAGCCAGUUCCACCGGCACAUCGAGCUGGACGGGAUCGUCUACUUGAGAGCCCCCCCUGAGAAGUGCAUGGAGAGGCUGCGCCUGCGGGGCCGAGAGGAAGAGCGGGAAAUCCCUCUGGAGUAUCUGGAGAAGCUCCACGCCAAGCACGAGAGCUGGCUGCAGCACAAGACCAUGACGAUGGACUUUGAGUACCUGGCCGACGUGCCGGUGCUGACGCUGGACGCCACGGAAGAGUUCAAACGCGACAAGAGCAAGGGCGCCGACAUGCUGGAGAAGGUGAGGGAGGCCGCGAAAAGCUCGAUGGAACGUACGGCCCACGUUUCAAGUCACGCUAAUGUUGACGGUCGUGGCCUUGAAAUGAACAUUUUCACCCAAAAAUACAAUGGAAAUGGAAAUGUUGAGGUUUUGAAAGGAAGCGCUUUUUUUUUCUUCAUGAUACAGUGCUAAAAAAAUGUGCGAGGAAAAUAAGUGGAGAUUUUAUUUUAAGUUUUUUUAAAGUUUUUUUUUUAUUUAUUUUAAUCGCGUCACAUUUAAAGGUUUUGGGACACUCACCGAAAGUGAGACGCCCCAUAAUGUAGUGUAAUGUUUCUGUUGACGCCCUCUACACAAACGCACAAUUUCGCUGCAUGUGAAUAACAAAAGGUGUGUGUCCGUGUAUGUUGAAGAGGGUUUUGUUGGUAUCACUCCUAACUGAAAGUCCAAACUG